GACCUCAAACUCAUGCUGCAGCCCCUAUUGUCUCAAAUAUACAACAGACUCUUCUACAAAAUUGUGUGCCAGCGAAAGUAACUUCUGACGAACUAAAUAGCAUAAUUCAGAAUAUAUCGACUUGUGUAGUGGCUACUGUGACUAGUAUACUAUACCCAGCCAUCACAAGGUAUGAAGAAAGGUUGCAAAAUUCUUCGCACCCAGUGUCUGACAGCUCCACCCUUUCUUCGGAUGGUUCAAGAUUUCGCAGCACAUGCGGUGAAGAGUUUACAUAUGGAAGCCACACACCUGCAACAACUAAAACAUUUCAGGCAGAGACUUGCACGUUUGCUGUUAAUGGGUCAGCAAGGAAACCAACCCCACCUUUAAAACCUCCUUCUGCCCAGGUGGAAAGAGCAGUUAUGGGUAAAACACAUCACAGGAAAGAACAAACUGCAACUUCGGAGCUCAACUAUAACAAGGCCAGUUUGGUAUAUUCAUACCCCAAACUCCGAAGUUGUCAGUCCAAUAGUCAACUUUUAGCACCUUUGCCAACAGGUUCAAAGAAAUCUAAGGAUGCUACCACACAAACAGAUGCCUUAGUGCAUCCAUUGCCUUGUGAUAAAAAAAGAAAAGCCAUGGAUGAGUUGAAGAAUUUAAAGAGUAUUUUUGUUAACUUUAAGUGCCACUUGAAAGGGGAAACUAAAUUGAUUUUGGAGAGCAUUUUUCAAGAAACAAUGUCUGAUUUAACCCAGGCCAUUCCCUCUAUUUCUUCUGUUACUGCUGAAGUUUUUGUUGACCAUGGUGAGCCUGAAAAAGAAGACUUGGUCUCCAAUGUUGAUAUCUGCUCACUAGCUUCAGACAUUGUAGAAAAUGUGUUUGAGAAACUAGAGUCUGCAGUCGAGAAAAAAUGUGUUGAGGUCUUUUCACAAGAAAAUUUGUCAGUAGACAUUAAAUCAAGUUUAACAGCUAGUGGGGAAUAUUUCACAUCAUCAAACAGAAAACCUUCAGAAGAUUCACUGCCUUGUACUUUGGAACCUAUGUGUUAUAUCGCAGAAGAUAUGGUGCAUGGCAUUUUAGAAAAGCUGAUGACACCUGUACCACUCAAGCAAAAUGAACUUCCUCUUAAAGACAUAACUAAACAUUCCCAUCUGCAACAAAGGACAGACCCAACAUAUACCAUCCUUCAAAGAGCUAGCAAAAACAAAUCUACUCCUGAACAUGAGACAGCUAAUUUAAUUGUGGAUGAAGAAAUUCAAAAUUUAAUCAUUUUUUCACAGUCCUCUUUAGUUGAUUACAUAGAGGAGGCAAUCAGCAUAAUAUUAAGUUACACACACACCAAACUUUAUGAGAGACUUAUUGGAUCUGAACAAAAAAUAAUAUUACUUCAGCUACUUAAUGAUAUCUUCACUCAUCUUCACCAGGAGCCAGUAAAACCAAGUGUUCAAAAAAGAAACCAAUAUAGACAAAAAAAUCUUUCUGACACUAAAGAAAAGUGUAGGCUCACUGGCACUGCAGUGUCUAAUGGUGCUCAGUGUAAAAGACCACUCCCACGUGUUAAUGUUCCAGGCAUGGUCCUUUACUCUGAAGAUGAUAGUGAAGAAAUAAACAACAUCAUGAAAAAUGUGAUUGAUUCAGCCCUCAAAGAAGAAAAAGCAAAAUCAUGUGAACCAACAUCUAAUCACUGGUUCACAAAAAGAAACACUUCUUUAGAAUACAAAAGAAAUAUUAGAUCACCAGCCAAGCCUACUUCUCACAGCAACAUUGCAUUUCAUGAUUGGAAGUUAAAGACUGAGCUACCACCACUUAUCAAUGAAGACAUUUUAAAGGGAAAACACUGCCUAAAUAAAGACGUUUCAAUUUUUAGCCAAGAUCAAAAGCAUCAAAUAAGAAAGGCUUCAGAGAACACAGUUAAACACAUUUUAACGGAAAUGCUCAAGGAUAUAUCUUCUGUUUCUCCUGGUCACCUAGGUAGCAAAAUUGGCAAAGAAUCUUCCAUUCUUGUUUCAGAAGCAUCUCAAGGACUCUCAGAUCAAGAAUGGAUGGAUCAGAUGUUCUCUGGGUCUGAAAUAAGUGCAGUGGCCCAAGGAAUAACAGAGUCUGUGUUAAAUAUACUUUUUAAGGCAUCAAACUGCUUGUCCAAAACCACGAAAAGUUCUGCUCCAUCAUCGGUUCAUCAAACUUUUCUAGAUAAUUCUGACAUUACCCAUAUAGGCAAAGAAGCACCAGAUAAAAAGCCACUAAAAAUAUGGUUUGAUAGUGACAGGAAAAUGAAAUACUUAUCUUCACUUGAUGUAGAUUCCGCAAAGCCUUCCUGGUUAAGAUCCGGAGAAAGGAAACCUAAAUGUGUAGAUAAAAUUGUUGAUAAAAUCACUAAUGCAAUUUUUAAAAGGCUGAAGUUACUUGUUUGUCCAAAAUUGCAAGCAGAAUUCAAACCUUCAUCUGCCAAGUGAUCUUCACUGAAAUCUCAACUUAGUACUUAUACAACUAAAGUAGUAAAUAUUGUUCUACAUGCUAUCCAGAAUGAACUGGAAGUCAAUAAGAAAAAUGUAAUUCUCAGGAAGCUAGACCAUAACAAAUCCCUUACAAGUAAAGGGCUUUUUACUUAUAUUGGUAAGAAAUUGUCAUCGAGAUUUGUUAUGAGAGAUUCCAAUUUGGAAAGCCCAUUAUUAACUUGGAUUUGUGCAAUGUUACUAAGUGAAAAUGAAAAUCAAAAGAAUAUUUCACUCCCUUCAGAUAAACCAGGGUCUACAGCUUCAUUGGGAUAUGACAGUACUGACAAACAAAACAUUUUGCUAAGUAGACAGGACAAAAAAAUGUUUUGUAAAUAUUUGGCUACUCCUUCUACUAUCCACAGUGCCGCAAACAGAAAAGAUCUCAAAGAAAAUGACAGUUUGCAGGUAUUAGAUAGGAUUGGGGAAACAGUACAUGAAAUGUUAAGCAAACUGAUAGGUACUCCUUCAGAUUCUCAGACAUCUUGUAGCUGGCAAAACAGAGAAUACAAAGAUCAACAAAAGGCUGCUGCACAGAAGUCUAAUAUUCAGGUCAUUUCCAAAACAAUUUUAGAAUAUAUCCUGGAAAAAUUAUGUAGUAUUGAGGUGGAUACCAGUUUUGUAAGUCCUGGACUUACAGCUGUCUCAGAAUCUUUUGAUAUUGACAAGCUAUCGUUUGUUUCAAUUAUUGAGGAAAUUGCCAAAUGCACCAACAUGAUAUCCAGCAUCAUCUCCAGAAAGAUACAGAAUGAUACUAAAGAGGUGACUAAAAGCAAGGCAAAAAGUAUUUCUUCUUUGUCUUCCAAAUCAGAGAGCUCAAAAGAAACUCACCAAAAUACCCUGAAAGCUGUUGCCUCGGAUAUUCUUAAUAUGGUUUUUACUAAACUGGAAGGGUUUGCCAAUGGAAAUUUAGAAAUUCAAGGUGAUAUUAGUGGUGGUAAUAAAAUAGACAAUAGGAUAGACAGGGAAAGUGACGGUAACAGUCUUCUCUCAGAUACCCACAAAGCCAUUAGAGUCUGUUUUAUACAUGCAAAGAAGGUAUCAAGUGCUAUUUUGAAAGCCAUUCAGACAGAAUUAAACGUGAGCACAGAUGAUUUGAGGAAAAAUGUAAAAGAGCCAUCACCUGAGACACAAAUGUUUACGGACAUAGUCAAUCUAAUUUUAGAUGCAGUAUCCUCAGAUAUGUCUAAUGAAACUGAAUCAGAAGACAGAGGCAUCAGAACCUACCGAUACCAACCAACUUAUGGAAAUUUUCUUCCUGGAGAAGCUGAAUCAGAUUCAUUUCUAGAAGAUGAUAUGCAUACAGAGAAAAAAUUCACUAGAGAGAGAACAUCACUGAGACAGGAAGCUAAAUUCUCUUCUCCUAAAGAAAGGGUUCUAGAAACAAGCUUACAUGAAAUUGAAAUGAAACUCAAAGAAUCAUUUAAAUCUCCAGUCAUUCCCAUUAUAAGAAAUAUUUUGAAUGAAAUUUUUCAAAGUAAUUUGAUCAAUCAGUUAAAUGUGCUUUCUCUCUCCCACACUCAUUUUGGUGGCGAGCCGCACAAUGUUCAUGAGUCAACUACUCAAACAUCGGUUCAAUUUCCAGAUAAAAUGAUGGGUCCUUUAGUGUCUGAAACAGAUGUGAUUAUAGUGGCAAAUGAUAUUGUUAGAAUUGUAUUUUACAAGCUUUAUGCAGCUGCCAUAACAGAAGAAAAUGUAAGUGAAAACAGAGUUAAAAACAUCACAUUUUCAGCACCUGUUUCCUGUUGUGAACAUACCUAUGGAGGGAACUCUGGUCCUACAUUGGACAGAAAUCUUUGCACUUUUCAGCACAGAUUCAAUAUUGACAAACAGACCAAGGUAAAGAUGACUGAAGAUAUUGUACAGGCAGUAUUUCAAAACUUGGAAAUUUUUGCUACUUCCAAAAUAAAAUCUCUGUUUUGUUCCCAAGUCAACUUCACAGUCCCAGAGGUUUUGUCUACUCAGCAAGAUCAUUCACUGAGCAGAGCACUACCAGCUGAAGAUUCAUAUUCUGACAUGCAAUCUUUGUGUUGCUUAGUGGAUCAUAAGACCAAUUCAUCCUGCCAAAUCUCUUUGCCUAAACUAAAUAUUUAUGCAAAAGAAGUGGCUAGAAAAAUUUUACAGAGGAUCAAACAUGAGUUAGAUAAAGAAAGGGAAAGUCCUUUCUUGAUUCAUAACAUUGUGGUUUCUGAAAGUAUUACAAGUCAAGUUGUUAACACAAUGCUAGAUAUUAUAUCGUGCAAAAACAGAUGUAACAACAGCUGUGAGGAAGAGAAUGACUCUGCUCAGCCUGACUGCAUUAUUGAAAAGAUGUUCAAUAAGACUGAGUAUAGAAAAAAACUUCAGUUUCAAAUACAAGGUACCAUUGAAGGUGUCUUAUGUGAUAUUUAUGAAAAAACCCUGCACAAGAAUAAUUUCUCAUUUCCCACACUCACCCUGAAAGAUAACAGAGCUGGUGAAUGUUCAGAACCAAAUUCUGAAAUGUUCCCUGAGGGUGUGAAUAAGAUUACUCCUGAACUUGCAGUUCCUAAGUCAGAUGUCCUUUUGCUAACCAAGGAAGUAGUGCAUAUUGUUCUUCAUGGUAUCACUUCUGCUGCCAUGCUUGGCAUAGAUGUGAAGGAUCCCAUUUUUGCAAGAUCAACCUUCUGUGAUAUCUUUCCAAAAGCAGAAUAUCAAGCAUCUCUUUUUAUGGAGUCAAAUAAUGAAGGAAGACCGGAGUGGUUUUCAUAUUCAAGCAAUAAGAAACAAGCAUACGGCAAUGAUGAUCACACAGCUUUAGAGGAGAAAGAGGACACCAAGAGCUCUGUUCCUGAAGCAUGUCAGGAAAGUGCUGACUUCAUCAUUAAAACUUUUGAUCAGCUGCAAACUUUUGCCGCAGAAAGAGUAGAUUCACUUAUUACUCUCACUUUUCAGCCUAAAGGAAUGUCAAUUGUUAGUCCAGAAUUGGAGAAUUAUACACAAGAUGACAGUGUUUUUCAUGAAUCAAGCCAAGAGUAACUAGAGGUGAGUGUCCCAAGAAGAUCAACAACUAAAACCAUUCUCAGCCAAGAGCUCACAGAACCCACUUUUGUCAGUUACAGAGAAAAACUUGGAGCCAUAAUUCAUUUAUCACAAGCUAGCCUGAAGGAGUAUGCUGAUAUCAUUGCCAGUGCUACUUUGAAGUUUAUUAAAAAUGACUUAGACUUAAAAAUCCAAAAGAUGCAUCCAUAUCCAAACAAUAUUUUAUUCCAAAAAAAUGUAAUUGUGAGUGAAAUUAUAGACAGUAUCUUAAAGAUUUUACAUAAUAAAAUAUCUGUAAAGGAAAUUAAUUUUUCCUCAGAGAAGAAUCUUAACUUUUCACAAUUAACUCUAUCAAAUGAAAUAUUGCUGGGACACAAAGAGAAGGAAAAAAACAGUUCAUUACCUCUGCUUACAAACUAUCCAUUGGGAAAAAGUGAAAAUCCAAGAGUAUUUCACUUUGGGACCCUAAAAGCAGUUGUUGAGGCAGACCGAAUUCAGACAACGGUUUCUCCACUCAGAAUAUGUUUAGCUGUAGAAAAUAUUGUCAAUACUGUGCUGUUGAGCUAUGGUUUUCCAAAUCAACCACACACUAAUAAAAGCAUGGAAGCAAUGAAACCGUCUUUUAUGUCAAAGACAAACUAUUUAUCUGAAAUAUCUACAGCAAACAAAAAUAGUUUACUUAGUAAAUGGGCUAAAAGAAUCAGGUGUGGGCCUGAAGAAAAUGAAAUCGCUGAAGCUUGUGGGGGAGAUUUUUCUUUAUUGCAAAAAUGGCAAAACAAGACUCCAAAGAUUAAGUCAAUAGAGACUUGCAAAGAAGUUGAAGUCACUGCGUUUGCUGAUCAUGAACUGGGUCCAAAUGAAAUUCGUCUGGUAGCAGUGCAUGUUACCACAUCUGUGAUCACAUAUUUGAAGAACUUCAAAACUAGAGGCACUGUCCUUCUUGAUGAUGGUCUUUCUAAAGAAAUAUCAGCAGAAGUACAUCAUCUUUUAAAAACUCUUCAAAGGGUAGAAGAUGGAGAGCUUGGUAAUUGUGAGAGAUCAGUGGACUGCAAAAAUCUUCAAGGAGAUUGCAUGUCAAAUCUUUUGGAAAACGUGAUAGAAAUGGACCAAGAUUUACUGUCAUCAGAUUGUAUGCUUACUAUUAUUUCUCACAGCUUGGUGAAAUCAUUGAUGGAUAAAUUAUCUUAG